AGAUGAAAACCGAAAGGAAUUCCCAGUACCUCUUGCUCCUGACACUUUUCAGCGUGCUCUUCUCACAAACACUGGCCUUAUUUGUAGAAGCAGAAGCUCUGAGGAAUGUCAGACAUGCUGAUGGAGUUUCCACCAGGGACAUUGGUAGUCUCUUGGAUCAUUAUUCUCCCAAAAAAUACACUGAGUCCCUUAUUGAAAAACGAUCAAGCAAUGACAUCUCAGAAGACCUGGGACUAGUGAAACGCCAAUCAGAUACAGAGUUCGGUGCUGCUUUUGAACGCUUCCUUAAAAUCAAGGCUGAGAGGCGAGAAAAGAAGUAA